AUGCUUGCGGGCUUGGGUCCAAGCGCACGCAAGCUUGUAUUCGACGUGGACGCAAGUAUGAAGAGCUUGGCGGACACGAGCAUGAAGAGCUUCGGCGGCUUUGAUUCGAGUGCACGCAACCUUCUCGAGCUCACCGAUCGAGACGAGAUGUCUACGAUGCGUCGCAUUGCGAGCCUCGAUGUCACGUACCGCGAGGAAGAGCGGAUCGUCUCGGCCACCGAGCGCGUCAAGCGCACGAUGGCGACCGUGACGAGCAACCAAGACGCGCUUGUGAGUGAGAUUGCGCAGCUGCAUCAAAAGUUUGCCGCCGCCCAAAAAGAGCACCAAACAACCAAGCACGAGUUGGCGCUGUACAAGGCCAUUUACGGCGACAUCGCGCUCGCCAUGCAGGACGGGGAGACACCACCAUCGCCGCGGUCCCGCCGCAACUCGAUCGUGGACAACGUUGCCAAGAGCCUCCAAAAGAACGUCCACGCAGCGUCGCAGCCCGUGCUCUCCAAGGUUUCUCACUCGUCGAUUGCACAGCCAACGAUCCAAGGCGUGCACUUCAAGAACCUUGGCCACCGCGUGCGCCCCGUGGUGGCGAGGCCGCAAAUUACGCGUGCCAAGACGACGAUCGAGCUCACGGAUCGCGACUUGCCGCUCGACGACGAGUUUGAACGCAUCAUGCAUGAUUUACUGCAUUAA